AUGGCCCAAGAUACCUUAGUCUGGUCGUCCCAGCUGCUCGUCGCAUCGCCAGACCGGGCGCCCCAGUUAACCGGUGACAAAAUCACUCUACCGCAAUCUGCGCUCGAACAACUGCUAGCCGCCGCUCCGAUUCAAGCUGUCCCGGGGAACUCCCGUGUACUUACUUCGUCAUUCGAUCCUUUCAAUCACCACACCUUCGCCGCCGAAUCGCGCGCUCGUCAAGAGGUCGAGCAACGCCAACAACAACUACCCCAGCCAUUAAUCUUCCGCAUUGUCAAUCCUCUGAAUGGCCGGUUCAUCUAUGCGGGUAUUCGGGAGUUCUCUGCUGAAGAGAAUGAAGUUGCACUGAGUAAAUUGCUCAGAGACUCACUCGAGAUCAAGGAUGAAGAGUUUUUGAGCGAAAAUGACGGACGACAAGACCUCGCGGCGCCUCAGAUAGAAGGGGAAACCCCACCAAGGACUGGCCCCGCGGUCACAGUACAUGCGAAGCAACUACCUAAAGGCACCUAUGUUCGUCUGCGUCCGCUGGAAGCUGGAUACGAUCCUGAAGAUUGGAAGGCUCUUUUGGAAAGAUAUUUACGAGACAACUUUACGACCCUCACGACGGGCGAGCUUUUGACUGUACCGGUCACCCGGAGCGAGUCGUUUAGGUUCUUGGUGGACAAGGUGUUUCCUGAAGGCGAAGGAAUAUGCGUGGUGGAUACAGAUCUUGAAGUCGACAUCGUCGCAUUAUCUGAGGAACAGGCCCGAGAAACGCUACAGAAGAGAUUGAAAAAGGCUUCACGCGCGCCGGGUACGACUAGUGGCAGCUCGAUCGGUGGUAUACUCAGCGUUGGUGAAGAUGUCAAUUCACAAGUAUUGCCUGGGGAAUAUGUGGAUUAUGAGCUUCGAGAUUGGAAUCGCCAGGAGACCAUCCAGAUCGAGCUUACCACGGACAAUCCGGAACUGAGUCUUUUUGCUAGCCCUUUUUCUACUCGUCAACGAAGUCGUCCGAGGUCAGACAUGCAUGCCUUGGGGAUCUUCUCGGGCCAGUUACCUAAAAAGAUCGUUCUUCGGCCCACCAAUGUGGUUCUUGAAGACGCCGAGGCUCUCUAUAUAGCGGUCCAUGCCAAUGCUGCAAGCAGUGAACCAAUUGAUCCACCGCAGCAUUCGCCAUCGCAAUACCACCUGCGAAUCACACUGAAUCCAUUGGAUUCAUCGCUUAGUCAUAAGGAUACAGAGGAGUCCCACGAGCCUGGCGAUGUGCAGUGCAAAAACUGCCACCAAUGGGUUCCUGAACGGACACUAGUUCUCCACGAAAACUUCUGUCUCCGCAAUAAUAUAUCAUGUCCGCAGUGCCAAAAUGUCUUCCAGAAGCGGUCUCCAGAGUGGCAAAGCCACUGGCACUGCCCACACGACUCCGGCCAUGGCAAUGAUGCACCAAGCAAAGAAAAGCACGACGCCAUUUUCCACCAGACACACCAAUGCACUGACUGUGCUAGAGAUUUCGAAGGACUUUCUAGUCUUGCGAAACACCGUACUACAGAUUGCCCCGGAAAAUUAAUUCUCUGUCAAUUCUGCCAUCUUCUCGUGCCACAGAAAGGCGAUUCUGACCCUGAUUUCCGCGAUCCUGAAGUGAUGCUCUCCGGCCUCACUCCACAUGAACUGGUGGAUGGAGGACGCACCACCGAAUGUCAUCUGUGCAAUAAGAUUAUCCGAUUACGGGACAUGAACACCCAUCUUCGUCACCAUGACCUAGAGCGCCUUUCUCGACCUGCGCCUCGCAUAUGUAUGAAUAAAAAUUGCGGGAGGACACUGAACAAAGCUGGCAAUGACUCCGUUGGCCUGUGCAGUUUCUGUUUCGGACCGCUGUAUGUGGACACGUACGACCCAGAGGGUAAAGCACUGCGCCGUCGCAUUGAACGCCGGUAUCUCUCCCAGAUGAUGACUGGUUGUGGAAAGCCAUGGUGCCAGAAUGACUAUUGCAAAACGGCAAAGCAGAAUAUGGCAUCUGACUCUGGUCCUCCGGCCGCGAUGAGUGUGGGGGAAAUCAUGAAGUUGACACGCCCACUUGUCGAAGCUCUCAAUACGCAGCCGGAUGUGCCAAAUACGGCGCCUUUCUACCUCUGUGCUGAUGAAACAAGUCAACAACGUCGCAACGUCGCAGAGUUGAUUGCAGCAGAGAGCACUGAAGGCAAUGACAAAGUGUAUGACCUACCAUGGUGUAUUGCAGCGGCCGAAGCUGUGGGCGGCGAUUUGGAGAAGGCGAGAGAGUGGCUGUCCAAAUGGGCACCAACUCAGGGUGCGACGAGUCCGAGUACGUGA